CGGACCGGCCGGCGCUGUGGGCGCUGGGCCCGACGCCGAUGGGGCCCUGACGGCCCGGGGACGCGCGGAGCGCAAGGGCGGCGGCAUGCCCGAGCGGCGGCUCACCGCGGAGCCACCAACUCUGACAGAAGCAGACUUUGAAGAUUCUUUGGCAACAGAUAAUUUCCUUGUGGACUACUUUAAUGAAUUCCUAAGCCUUCCAACCUUUUCAGAGGCAAUUAGGUUUAAUGUGAAUUAUGGAGUUUUUGAAGUAGUUAACAAUGCUCCACAACUUCUGGAAAAGCAACUGAAAAAAAUUCUACAAAGCCAGCAACCUCGCAAUCCCAUCUAUGAUGUUGUAAGAAAAGCAAAGAAUGAUAUUAAACCUGCUCAGAUGAGUGACCCAUAUAAAGCUGAGACCAUUAACAUCAACUACAGUGUUAUGUGUCUGAAUCGUGAGCAAGGCAUUCAGUGGAUCAAAAAAGAAAGACUUCCAGCCUUUCUGGAAAGUGAUUGCUAUUUUGAAUACAGGUUAGCAAAAUUGGUCUCGCAAGUGAGAUGGAGUAGAUCGGGCAUGAAUGUCACACUAGAUAAAGCUUUUUCUCCCUGGAUCACGAGAAAAGUGCCCACUCCACCACCUCCUGUCAUUGAAGAUGACAAUGCUGUCAUUAUGAAGAAGUUCUAUAUUUCUCUUGGCAAGGCCUCCUAUUUAGAAACGAAAGAUUGGUUUACAUUAGCCAAACAAAGUCAGCAAACAGUGUCAACCUUCCCUGCACUCCACAGCAAAGCUGAUUCACCGAUGAUUUCGUCUGUUUCUGAGAGUGUCAUCUUUGAUGAUGGAGUUCACCCCAGGAUGCAAAAGGACUCAUCUAAAGGCACUAGACGCAUCUCUGAAUUGGAAGAAGAGGAGGAGGAGGGGUCUAUAGCUCUACCAGAUACUCCUUCGCAUGCUCUUCUGAGAAUAUACCUUGAAAAGCAACCGGAUGCUGAAAGCCAGACAUUCCAUUUCUCCACUUGUGAAGAAUUUUUAAUAUCCUAUAUAAACUUUGUUUUAGCAGUAGUAAUUAAUGAAAUCCUUGGCGAGCCAUUUAGAGAAGGUCCAGGUUACAUAAAUUUCAGCAAUAUAACAGAAGUGAUAGUUGAUGAGUGUGAGCUUAUUUCUGUCAAGGAUGAUGUGUUACCUGAAACAACUCAACCCACAAAGGAAAAGGCUGAAAGAUUAAAAGAAGCAGAUUCAAAGCGAGAGAGCCGUGGCUCAGAAGGCAGGGCUGGCUGGUGCAUUUCUCACAAAACUUAUGACAUUGGCAAUAGGAAGGAGUUCGAAAGAUUUAAGGCAUUUAUGAAAGGUACAUUAGGGGAGAGAUAUUGGUGGCUAUGGAUGGAUAUUGAGAGGUUAAAAGUUCUUAAGGAUGCUGGAAGACAUCAAAGACAUCUUGAAAAGAUGAAAAAAAGCUAUCUAGUGAGCAGCGGAGAUCGCUACCUUUCUACAGAAAUCUUAACAAAACUUAAACUGCUAGAUGGCUCUCAGUGGAAUAAAGAACACUUAAUAAAUAUUCAGACUGAAGUUGUAAAACCCUUACUUCUGUAUUGGGCACCACGAUUCUGUGUUACACAUUCAUCUGCAAUAAGGAAAGCCAGUGCUGAACUGAGACUGUGGCACCGCCGUCAAGAGAAACCAAGGGAGGAUAUUGACCCUUUCCCACAAAUAGCAACCCUUUUGCCAUUAAGACCUAAAUCUUGCACUCCACAGAUAUCUGAUACGGAGAAAGAAGAAUCCAGUGUAGUACCACUUCCUACAUCUCCCAAGAAACCGUCUACAGCAAGCCAAAAGCCCUGGAAAGGCGAGACUCAGCGUUCCAUUUCUCCUAAGGAUAGCGUGACUGAGAAAGGGUCAAGGCAGAUGUCAGAGAGAUACAAUGUUAUUCAUUUGACAUCCUACACCGACAUUUCGGAAUGCCUGAAGCCCGAGCUGGAGAGAAGAUUUACUUAUUCAGAAGAACCUUUGGUUAAAACCAUGGCAGAUGGUGCCUUGGGAGGAUCUGACAUGGAAAAUUUGUUGCAAUCGUUGUAUGUAGAGAAUAGAGCUGGAUUCUUCUUUACUAAAUUCUGUGAGCAUUCGGGGAACGAGCUGUGGAAGAACAGCGUGUACUUCUGGUUCGACCUACAGGCUUAUCAUCAGCUUUUCUACCAAGAAACACUUCACCCUUUUAAAGUAUGCAAGCAAGCCCAAUUGCUUUUUGCCACAUAUGUUGCUCCUUCGGCCACUCUUGACAUUGGACUCCAGCAGCAAAAGAAAAAAGAAAUUUAUAUGAAAAUACAGCCACCGUUUGAAGACCUUUUUGACACAGCAGAAGAAUAUAUUCUUCUCCUCCUGCUUGAGCCCUGGACAAGGAUGGUACAAUUAGACCAACUUGCCUACAGACAGGUGAAGUUGGUGGAAGAAACUCGACAGCUAGACUCUGUCAACUUCAGAAAGCUACAGGCUUUGUAUAAAGAGACAGUUUUCAGGAAAGCUGAGGAUGCUACUAGUGACAUUGGAACUGGUAUUCCCCCACAUCCUGCUACCACUAAAUCAACAGAAUACUGGAAUCUUGUCCCUGCAGAAUAUAAGAAUUUUAAUUUUAAUAAUCUCCUUAACAACAAACUGGAGUUUGAACAUUUCCGUCAGUUUCUUGAGGCUUAUUCUGCAAGCAUCGACCUGAUGUGCUGGACAGACAUUGAGCAGUUCCGAAGUAUACCUUACAAAGAUCGAAAGCAAAGGGAGGCAAAAUCUAUUUAUAUUAAAAACAAGUACCUGAACAAAACAUAUUUCCUUGGACCUACCAGUCCAGCUUCUCCAUAUCAGCAGGACCAGAUCAUGAGUUUAUGUGGUGGCUGGGGCAGAACCCUCCAUGAGCAGCUGGACCCGCCUGUUUUCGUUGAAGUUCAGAAGCAUGUCCUAAGAAGGCUAGAGAAUGUGUGGUUGCCACUGUUUCUUGCAAGUGAACCGUUUGCAGCACGUCAGAAGAUAAAGGUACAGCUGAGAGAAGCAACUGAUGAGCUCUUACUGCCGAAGCGUGAAGGGAAAAUUGGGAUCUGGAAGCCUGUGGAGAGUAAAUGGAUAUCUUCAUCUUCUGAAAUCAUUGCUUUCCGUAAAGCAUUAUUGAAUCCAGUUACUGCAAAUCAAUUUCAACAGUUCGUGGCUCUAAAAGGAGAUUUAUUGGAAAAUGGGGUGCUCUUUUGGCAAGAAGUACAAAAAUAUAAGGACUUGUGCCACUCCCAUUGUGAUGAGUCUAUCAUCCACAGGAAGGUCAUGACUAUUAUCAACUGCUUUAUUAACUCCAGCAUUCCACCAGCUUUACAAAUAGACAUCCCAAUGGAGCAAGCCCAGAAGAUUAUUGAACACAGGAAGGAGUUAGGACCAUAUGUAUUCAGAGAGGCACAGAUGACAAUUUUUGGAGUUCUGUUUAAAUUUUGGCCUCAGUUUUGUGAGUUUAGGAAGAACCUAACUGAUGAAAAAAUUAUGAGUGCGUUAGAGAGAAGAAAAGAAUUUCAUAGGCAGAGAAAGAGGUCGACAAUCGUAGAAGAGGAAAGAAUUACAAAGGAAGGAUUCAAACAACCUGAACAAGUUCCAGUAUCUCCUGUGAAACCAUCUGAUUUGUUCAGUGACCAAUCUCUAAUCCUGCAAGCAUAUGGCCGACAGCCAUCCUGGUGCUACUCGAAGUACAUAGAAGCCUUAGAACAGGAAAGGAUUCUUCUUAAAGUUCAAGAAGAAAUAGAAAAGAAGUUGUUCAUGGGUGGACUAUCUCUUAUAAACGUUAAGCCUAAUUCUUCAGAGUGACAGUACGCCUGUGAGGGCAUACCCCGGUUUGGAUAGGUGCAAGGAAUUCUUUAAGCCCAAUUUAACUGACAUGGAAGCUCAAGUGAUUUUUUGAUGGUCUUCAUUAGAGCAAGCCUUCCAUCUAAGCAAAGUUUGGCUUGUUUUACGCCCACCAUUUUAAAAUGACAGCUAUUCUGCACACAGGACAUACAGACUAUAAAAUUUUUAAAAACGUAUUUAGAAUAAAGCUACACUCUAGGUUAGACAAUCAAAAUGUUUAUCACAGAUCUUAAGGAUGCAUCACGCUCCUCAAGUAAUUUUUCAACAAAUAUCCUUGAGCAUGACUCUAUUUGAUUAGCAGAUAUAUUUAGCAGGUGGUUAGGGAACUAAUAUUCCUAGCAAUAAAUUGGCCCAAAACAUAAAAGGGAGGAACCUUCCCCAGCCCAUCCCUAUCCCCAACUCUAAAGGAACCCUAUAUUAAAACAGUGGCUCUCAAACGUCAGUGUGCGUAAGACUCACUGGUGGCAUCUGCUAGCAAUGCAGAUUCCUGGACUCGCUCUCGGAGUCCGAUUCAGUAGUUCUCUGGCAGGACCCAGGAAUGUCCCUCUUCCGCAGACUUUCCAGGUGAUUCUGACUCAGGUGGUCCCCAGGCCACUCUGUGAUACAUGGUAGCAAGAGAAGAGCCUUCAAAGGGAAAAGCCCUCUUAUUGACUGGAGUUACACUCGUAGCAGAGAGAACCCAGUCCUACACCCUUAUCUUCCCUGGAGGGAAAGGCGAAUGUGGCAGAAAUGACUGCACCAUCUCUAGGCUUCUGGACUCAGAAGCUCCAAGGUCUAUGGCCUGGGUUACAGGAUGGUAAGCAUCAGAUUCCACUCGGAUGCAGUCUCAGAAAGCAUUUUCACAGUGGGAACUGCCAUUUCCAGUUCUCUGAAGAGUUAGGCAUUUUAAAGAGGGAAAGCACCAGUAGGCGCCAUCUUUUUUUCUAACGCAGGUUUUUAAGGAGCACUGGGACUCUGUAUUUCCUAGAGUUUACCCUCACACUACCCCACAACCCACAGUGGCCGAGAAGUUGUCUGUUUUCCAUUUGUUACCCUUGUCCUUUGUUUCUUUUUUUUUUGUAUUCCACUCUUUUCCUGCCUUUUGUUUUGUUCUGAGUAAUUUAUGUGAUUAUAUUUUCUCUCCUCUCAGCAUAUCAGUUAUACUUCUUUUUAAAAUUUUCUUAUUGGUUUCCAUAGAGUUUACAGUAUACCUUUACAACUAAUAAAAGUCAACUUACAAAUAAUACUCUACUGCUUCAUGGGUCGUGCAAGUACCUUAUAACAGAGUAUAUCUAAGUCCUCCCUCCUGUCCCUUAUCACAUUGCUGUCAAUUCACUCUACUAAUCCAUAAGCUAUAAUCACUGAGUGCAUUAUUGCUAUUAUUAUUUUGAACAAACUAUUUGCUGUUAGGUCAAGUAAGAAGAAGGAAAAAUAAAACAUUAUUUUAC